AUGUUGGUCCUUGAAGAACAGCGAUACAUCCAUGAGGAUUUGGAGCGCCUCGAGCAGGGCAUCGCAGAUCGCAUCCGCGAUGAACCCAAACAUAUCCGCGAUCGCCUCAACAGAGACCACGAAAUCUCACAAUUACUAGACCAGAUCCAAGUUCAGUCCAGCAACCUCCUGGGCAUCUACAAAGACGACACUGGCGUGCGUUCAACAGAAAUCCAGCAAAUUGGAACUGGCGACGCCUUCGAGGAAUUCUACAGACAGCUGAAAGAUGUCCGCGACCACCACGCCAGAUACCCCAACGAGCAAGCCGAGAACUCAGAGCAGCGAUACAAGGCGAAGCGAGCAGGUGAUGGAUUGGACCCUAUGCCCUCGAUUGUGGAUUCGCUGUUCUCCGGAGAGGAGGCGUACGGACGAUUCUUUGACCUCACCACCUGCCACGAGGCCUAUCUCAACCUCCCUAACGUCAAGCGAUUGACGUACCUACAAUAUCUCGAGGCAUUCGAUAACUUCUCGCCGGGCUACGGUGGCGUCAAGCGAGGUGACAAGCUCACGGAUCAGUACUUCAAGUACGUCGGCCAGGUGGCAGAUUAUCUCGAGUCUUUUAUGCGGCGAACGAGGCCGUUGGAAAAUGUCGACAGGGUGCUUGCGUCAUUCGACAAGGAGUUCGAGGCCGCAUGGGAUAGCGAUGAGAUUGAAGGCUGGAAGAAGGAGGAGCCUUCAGCAAACGGCACGACGAAAACCACCACGACGGCGGAUGCAAUGUGGUGCGAUGACUGCGAGAAAGAGUUUAAGAACGAGAAUGUCUACAAGAACCACCUGACAGGUCGGAAGCAUCUCAAGGCGGCCGAGCAGCGGAAACUACGACAGGAGGAUUCGAAUGGAACAUCGAGUGGACCCGGUUCUGGAGCAGUCUCCGCGACAAGAUUAAAAGAGCGAGCUAUAUCGGAGCGAGAGUACCGGGUGAAGCGUCUAGCCAGUGCCAUGAGCACAGAACGCAGCGACACUCGCGUGAACGUGGAACGCAAACAGGGCAUGACCGAGCGUGAGCGUCAACAAGAACUCGACAACAUCAUGAACUCUUCCGAGGGCCCCCGAGAAACUGCCCAGGAGGAGGAUGGCGAGGAUGAGGAUGGAGAGGAGAGAAUCUACAACCCUCUCAAGCUGCCCCUGGCCUGGGACGGCAAGCCCAUCCCCUUCUGGCUGUAUCGCCUACACGGCCUUGGCGUCGAGUUCCCGUGCGAGAUCUGCGGCAACUUUGUCUACAUGGGCCGGCGCGCGUUCGACAAGCACUUCAACGAGGCGCGACACGUGUACGGCCUCAAGUGCCUAGGCGUCAACAACACGAGCCUGUUCCGGGAUAUCACGCGCAUUGACGAGGCGAUGAAGCUGUGGGACAAGGUCCAGCGGGAGAAGAAGAGGACCACGGUGGACGAGGGUAGUGUGGUGCAGAUGGAGGAUGGCGAGGGUAACGUAAUGCCCGAGAAGGUGUACUAUGAUUUGCAGAAGCAGGGUCUGUUGUAG